AUGUCUAGUGAAGUGUGGAAAUGCUUUGUCAUCGACCGACAAAAUUCUGGCUACGCAAUAUGUCAAAUCUGUAAAUGUACAAUCUCACGUGGCGGUAAAUCUAAAACUACAACAAACAUGAAAAAACAUCUCGAAAACAAGCAUGGGAGUUACGUUCAUGAGACGAAGAAACAAAGGCUACAUUCAUCGGAAUUGAGCGAGAUUGAAGAAAAUGAAAUAGAUGAUAGUUCAGCACAAAAUUGUUCUUCAGAGACAACCUUGCCAUUGUCAUCAAAUUCAGAUGUUAGGCCUACUGCUACUGAUUCAUCGAGAGGCAGCGGUUCAGUGUCCCCGAGGCAUGCUGAGAAAGUUGGCCAAACGAAUAUUUCAUCAAGAACACCAAACCAGUAUAGGCUAACUCCUAAAAGUCAAUACCAGCCUACAUUACAAUCAUUUAUUGAUAAAACUGCACAAUUCAAGUCCACUGAUCCUCGUGCAAAAUCAAUAACUCAGCACAUAGGUAGAAUGAUGUGCUUAGACAAUCGUCCUUUUAGCAUGGUUGAAGACAGAGGAUUCACAGAAUUUGUCAAAUUCCUUGAGCCUAGGUAUGUUUUGCCCAGCAGAAAACAUUUUUCAAAUACUGUUGUACCACACAUGUACCAAGAAUGUAGGGAAAAUGUGAACAAAAAGUUGGACGAAGCUGAACAUGUGAGUCUUACAACAGAUAUGUGGACUUCAACAGCCAAUGACGAUUAUCUUGGUCUAACUGUGCAUUUUGUUGAUUCCAAUUUUGUCUUGCAACACCUCAACAUUGGGGUUAUUCCCUUUCCUGAAUUAUCUCACACAGGGAACAAUUUGUGCAAUUUUAUCACAGAAACACUUGAAGAAUGGAAGCUGCAAUCUAAAGUUGUUGCCAUUGUAAGAGACAAUGCCAGGAACAUAACUGCUGGCCUAGAAUCAUCCGAAUAUGAACAUCUGCCAUGCCUAGCACAUACCCUGCAGCUUGUUGUAAAGGAAGGGCUACUGAACAACAAGAAUGUAAAUAAUCUGAUUGCCAACGGUCGUCGCAUAGUUGGCCAUUUCAAACAUUCUUGUAAGGCGACAAAAGAGUUAAAGAAGGCUCAAGCCACGCUGAAAAUGAAAAAACAUAAACUUAUCCAGGAUGAACCAACGCGUUGGAAUUCAUCUCUCCAUAUGCUACAGCGCUUACUUGAGCAAAAACAGUCUGUUUCUUUAGCAUCAGCAACUCUGCAGUUACCUGUGACUUUUUCAUCAGCAGAAUGGAACCUGAUGACAAAUGUAGUAAACCUUUUAAGUAUUUUCAACCAUGCAACAUUGGCUGUAAGUACUCAGUGUGUGACAGCCUCAGAAGUCAUACCUAUAAUCAACAGUUCUACUGAAGAGCUAAGGAAACCAGCACCUACUGGAUCAGGUGUACAGGGCAUCAAAAAUGAUAUGCUUGCUGCCAUAACUUUGAAGUAUUCUGAUGUUGAAGAGAAUAUGUUGUACGCAGUUGCAACAUUACUGGACCCACGAUUUAAACACCAUGUUUUUGUGCAGGACGGUAAUGUCACAAAAGCGAAAGUUUUUUUGAUUGAAGAAGCAAGAAAAACUAUCUGUUUGAAACAACCUGAAACUGAGUCUGUGCCGCAAACAUCCAGCCAAGCAAUGGAAAGCCAUGGUAUGUGGACAUUUUACUCAAACAUAAUGAAGACUGCCCCAAGUGUAAGCCACAUCGCAUCAGUUGAAGAUGAGAUUAAUGUUUACUUGGAAGAACCUAUUCAAAAUUCAAGUACCAACGUUUUCCAGUAUUGGAAAGAAAAUACCAAGUACCCAUGUUUAAAAAAACUGUCAAAGAAAUUUCUUUGCAUUCCACCUUCAACUGUACAUUCCGAGCGAUUAUUCAGCACUGCAGGACUGAUUGUUGAUCAGAAACGGAACCGUUUAGAUCCUGAACGAGUCAAAAUGUUGGUUUUUUUAAAUAAGAAUUUGUGA